AUGGAGUCUAUUGACGAGUCGAAGGGUUCUCCAGCCAUCAAUAUGCUUACUACCACCACAAAGGACAGUAGCGAUAUGAACAGUACCAAGGAUGAUGUCCCGACUCACCUUAGAGGUACCAGCAAACGGGCAAUUCAGGUGUGCGUUACGGCAGCUAUGGGUGGCUUUCUCUACGGCUUCUCGGCGAAUGCCAUGAGUGGGACAUUGGCACAGACCAGCUUUAUUGCCCAAUUCCUGACGACUCCCGAUGCGACUGCACGAAUGGAUGGGUUGUUGGCAAGUUUCCUUGGUGGCGCUUUCAUUGGGGCUGUUAUACAAGCCCCUAUAUCAAACAAAUGGGGUCGUCGAAAAGCCAAUCUGGUCGCAGCCCUCAUCGCAAUACUGGCUGGUGUCCUGCAAUCGGCGUCCUAUCACAUUGCAAUGCUCCUUGUCGCCCGCGUCCUAUGCGGCAUCGGUGCGGGAAUGGUAAUGGCUAACAGCCCGGUCUACAUGAGCGAAGUGGCACCCCCUCACACUCGUGGGUUACUAGUUGGUCUCCAAGGUGUUGGUAUCGUCACAGCCUAUAUCGCAUGCUCGUUGUGCGGGCUCAUAUUCAGUUUCGUCCAAAAUCCCGUCCAGUGGCGUCUAAUAUUCAUAGUUCAAACUGCCGCGGCAGUUAUCUUCGCCUGCUCGCUCAUCUUUGUUCCGGAGUCACCGCGAUGGCUAAUGGAAAAUGGCAAAGAGGAACAAGCGAGAGCCGAGCUCGAGCGGCUGCAUAGCACGAAGUCGGAUCCAAAGGGUACUCUUGCUCGCGCUGAGGCGAUACAGAUCAAGGCUCAAGUUGAAGCGGAGAGAAAUCUUCCUAAGGGGUACAUCUAUAUUUUCACAACGCCACACCUUCGAAAGCGGGCGUUCUGUGCCAUCUUGUUAUGGGUUAUGGCGCAAGGCACCGGCAUAACCGCCAUUGCUAAUCUAAUACCAGUACUAAUGGGCGGUCUUGGAUUCGGAACAACUCUUCAACUCGGAUUGGGUUGCGCAUGGACGGUUGUCUUAAUACUUGGAUGCGCGGUGAACGUAACUUACGUGGAUAGAGUCGGCCGUGUCAGACUUCUUGUAAUUGGAGGUAUAGUAAAUGCAGUAAUUCUGUCUAUCAUGACGGCAUUAAUUAAAUUCUACCUCGACACCACCUACCAGCCUGGUAUCAACGCCAUAGUUGCCCUGUACUUCAUUUUUGGAUUUGCCUUCACCUCGACAAUCGAAUGUACAGCGUAUGUCUACGGCUCAGAGAUUUGGCCUACACACCUGCGGAGCGAAGGUUCUACUCUUGCCUAUGCAUCUUUCUACGGCAAUGCUCUUGCGUAUAGCGCCCCGGUUAACUUGGCGCUAAAGAACAUCGGUUGGAAAUAUUAUCUCGUCUUCGUAGCUGUCACCGUGGUUUCUACAGCAUUUCUCGCAAUCUACUUCCCAGAGACCAAGAACCUGACGCUUGAAGAAAUUAAUUCAAAAUUCGGGGAUGAAGUGGCAGUUGAUUUGAAAGAUGCCAUUGCAACCGAAGUCCAUACCGAGAUCAGAGGCGAUAAGGCACAAGUCUAA